UUUCUUCAACUGUAACAACAGAAAAGAUGCUAUCUCUUUACCCAACUCCCAAUGCCACUCCCCUCAGCUCACCAACCACCUUCUCUCCAUCUUUCUCCCCACCUCGCUCAACCAGGUUCAGAAUGUCGCAUGGUUCUCUUCCCCCUCUCCCCGAAAACCGAAUCGUCCUCAGCGUCGGCACGGUGGGCGUCGAUUUCUUGGCCGCCGUGGCCUCUUACCCUAAUCCGGACGACAAAAUCAGAACCACCAGCUUAACGGUUCAAGGAGGUGGAAACGCGGGUAAUGCUUUAACUUGUGCAGCUCGUUUGGGCUUAAGUCCGAGACUGAUUUCCAAGGUUGCAAAUGAUACACAAGGCAGGGCCAUACUGGAGGAGCUACAAGCUGACGGUGUAGAUACUUCUUCUGUUGUGGUUUCCGAGGAGGGUAAUUCACCGUUUACCUACAUUAUUGUUGACAAUGAAACGAAAACUCGCACUUGUAUUCAUACUCCAGGAUAUCCUCCCAUGAUACCAAGCGACCUUUCCCAAACAAGUUUAUCAUCUGCAUUGGAUGGAGCAAGAGUGCUUUAUUUAGAUGGACGAAUACAUGAAACUGCUUUACUUGUUGCACAGGAGGCUGCUCGCAAGAAUGUACCUAUAUUAGUUGAAGGUGAACGGAUAAGAGAAGGGCUGGAUGAUCUUCUAAAACUAGCUGAUUAUGCUAUAUGCUCAGCGAAAUUUCCACAGGCAUGGACAGAAGCAGCAUCCGUUCCAAGUGCUCUUGUUUCGAUUCUUGUGAGAUUGCCAAAGAUCAAAUUUGUGAUUGUGACAUUGGGUGAAGAUGGAUGCAUAAUGCUUGAGAGAAGUGUGGAUGAGGCUCCUCAGACAGAAGAAAUGGAUGUUGAUAGCUUGCUAGAAUUGCUGAAGCAGAGAAAAGAUGAUAACAUUGCUAUCCCGACAUGUGUUUCAUCGCCUGUGACAAAAUUGAGAGCCAACGGAGUAGGGACGGUUUGUGGGAGGUUGUUUGUGGGAACAGCUGAGAAAGUACCACCCUCAGAACUUCAAGAUACAACAGGUGCUGGAGAUAGUUUUAUCGGAGCAGUUCUCUAUGCUAUUUGCUCCAACAUGCUGCCAGAGAAAAUGCUGCCAUUUGCUGCUCAAGUGGCAGCUACCUGCUGUAGGGCUUGCGGAGCUCGAACUGGUCUUCCACACCGCACAGAUGCACGCCUGGCAUCAUUUUUAUCUUAAAAAUUCCCAGGAGGUCCUACAUGAUUGGCAUAGUUAACUGGAAGGGUGAAAUUUAGCCUAGAAAUUAAGCUAUUUCCUCUCAUGAGUUAUUAAUUUUGUAAACUACUGUCUCUGGCGUAGAAGAUUUCCUUGUAACGGGCAGACAAUUUGAUAAGUGUCUCCUCAUUUCAGUGAUUCUGUACCAACUGUUUAUGGCAAGUAGAUAGGAAAUUCCGAUUUUGCCUGAUCAACAAGCUUCAACAUUCCAAGUCAUUUGGUCCCCAACCUUCCUCCCAGUCUACAUUGUCUUCUGCUGGAUCCUCAUCACGCUUUGACUUGACGCCGACUGACGACUAGGAGCCUCUUCCACCUGUCCUUCAAUCCAACAAAAUUCAACUUCAACUUCAACACUCUUUAUAUACAUUGGCCUUCCACUCGCUUCCCAAUCUUGGAGGCUUCCGAAUUCAGGAAAAGCCAAGUCUUUAACUCUGUCAAGUUGUUCCGUUACUGGCUUCAUCUAUACCUCCAUCCUCUGAAGCGUGUCUUUUAAUUCUUGACCCCGCUGCCGCCUUGCAUGGCUGUCACUUGCAACCACAAGUUCCCCGUUACAACUUUCACAGUGGAAGCAGGACCCAUCGUCCUCCAUAGACAUCAGCCUGUACCUAACGACGUCGUACAUCUGGGCAUAGUCCAGACAGGAGUAAGCUGUCCCUCCCCUUCGAUCUCUGGCGACCAGUUUUUCCUUCUCAAUAAACUGCAGAGUGGAACGAAGUUUCCUUGGGGGCAGUUUCAACUCCCCGGCCAAAUCUUCUUCUCUCACCCAUCCCAUUGUCGUCUUGACAGCACACCGAGCACCACCAUGGUGAGUCCCGUGUCGUCGUUGGCGGCCCGACCGGUCUUGGGCUGCUUGUGGUAGGUGUCGUAGAACGCUGU